AUGGAGCGGUUCGAACAGUGGGAGGGGAAGUUGGCCCUCGGUGAGGAGGUUGGUGGCGUGAAGAGCGGUGAGAUGGAGGCUGUCGCGAAGGACGGGUCGGCGGUGAAGACGUUUGGGGACUCCAUCGCUUUGGAAACCAAGGCGGCGAGCGAUGAUCGGCGGGCGCAGACGGACGGUCGUGCUAGUGGGGGCAGCAGCGGUGCUACCUUACUUACCAAGCUGGCUAGGCUAGAGUUACCCAAGUUCGCAGGGGAUGAUCCUGGAGUUUGCUUUUCGCGUGUUGAGCAAUUCUUUGAAUACUAG